AACUGAUUAAGUUUUACAUUGUUCGUGCAUCAUGAUCGGUUCAUAGCCUCGCAAUAACAUUCUAUUCUAUUGUUGCGUGCAAGUGCCUGUGUGAAGUAAAAUUUUCUUCACUGGUUGGUUGCUUAGCUACUUGUUAAAAAAUACAUCAUCAUGGGACUAGUGGAAACAUAUGAUUAUAUUAAUAACGAACUAGCCGAUAAACGUGUAACCGAGUGGUGGUUCAUGUCAACGCCAUGGCCAAUGCUCCUCAUUUCAGCUAGCUACCUUUAUUUUAUAAAAAUCUGUGGUCCACGUUACAUGAGAGAUCGAAAGCCUUAUUCACUGAAGUCUUUCUUAUCAGCGUACAACAUUUUUCAAGUACUUGUCAAUGUAUGGAUCAACUACAGAUUACUAACAGCGGGAUGGUUAACACACCUUACCACAGGCUGCGAGCCUAUGGAUUACUCUCUCGAUCCAAUGGCUCUUCGGCAAGUUGAUGCUAUGUGGUGGACGAUGAUCGUAAAAUUAAUUGACCUAUCGGAAACAGCAGUUUUUGUCUUCAGAAAAAAAGAUCGACAAAUAUCAUUUCUACAUGUUUAUCAUCACUGUACAACGCUGUUGAUAACUUGGACAUCGGUCAAGUAUUUUGGAGGAGGGAUGUGCACGUUCCCCAUAUUAGUUAACAAUUGCGUACAUAUAAUAAUGUACAGCUACUAUUUUCUGUCGUCAAGGGGUCCGAAAAUACAAAAAAUGGUCAACUUUGUCAAGCCUUAUAUCACCAUUGUUCAAAUGGUUCAAUUUAUUCUUCUUUUGCUGCACGCUAGCCAAGCAUUAUCCGAUUCGUGUGACGUUACAACAGUGGGUGCUGCCAUAUACAUUGCAAAUUUAUUGAUAAACCUACUACUAUUCAUGAAUUUUUAUAGACAAAAUUAUGUACAGCACAAAAAGACUGCUAAAUUGGAAUGAUGAAGUGUAAAUAAAACCAAGUCCAACACUUG